GAGAGGAAGCAUCUAUCAGGUUACACAAAGGUUCCAUCUGCUGCCCGAGUCAUCAAGUGGAAGGGAAGAAAUAAGGAAUAGCACUUUGUUCUUUCUUCAGGCUCCAUUACUGUGAUGUUUGCAGAUAGAUCCUAUUGACUGCAGAACAUCGCGCUUACUACAGGCGAUGACCUAUGGCUUGCUUGAAUCUUGCAUGGAUUUAGGUUUCCUCUAUUCACUCCAAAGAUCAUUGUAUUUAGAUAACGGAAGACUCUUGGUGCAGUCAUGCCUAAACUGCAGAAGAAAGUUCUCUUUUGUCUGGCUGGUACACUAAGCUUUGCCUGUGCCCUGGCAAUUGCAGCUGCAUUAGGCAUUCAACUGUGGGUAAGGGGAACAUUAUUGUGCAAGACAGGAGCCCUGAUAGUCAAUGCUACAGGAGAUGAGCUGCAAAAGUUUAUUGGGGAGAUCGAAUAUGGCCUGUUCUAUGGACAGCGAGUGAAGCAGUGUGGACUUGGUGGGAGACCUACUACAUUCUCAUUUUUUCCGGACCUGCUGAAUGUUAUUCCGGCCAGCAUUCAUGUCAGUGUGGUGAUAUUCACAACAGCGCUCAUUGUAUUUGCUCUGGUGGGGACUGGCUUCUUCAUGUUCAACGCCUUCGGUAAACCAUAUGAAACUCUACAUGGUCCGGUGGGACUAUAUCUCUGGUGCUUUAUUUCAUGUUCCUGCGGUUGCCUUGUCCUUAUCCUCUUCUCCUCAGAAGUGAAGAUGCAUAAUCUAUCAGAGAGGAUAGCUAAUUAUAAAGAAGGAGGAUUUUUAUUUAAGACUCAGACAGAACACUUUGAGAAAUCCUUCUGGAUCGUCCUGGUUUGCACCCUGGUACAUUUUUCAAACAUUUUUCUAAUUCGAUUAACAGGUUUUGAUUUUCCCUUCUCAAAAUCAAAGGAGCUUGAUACAAGUUCCGGAGCAAUUGAUCUGAUGUACUGAGAUUAGUUCUGCACAAAACACGAGAAGCAUGUUACCCAACACACAUUUAUAGAGAUAUUUAGAUGAAACAUUCAGGAAUCAGAACCUAGUUCUGAUCUCUUCUGCCAUGUUGAAGGGUUAUCCUCGCGCUAUUUAUAACAGGAGAGCUUAAAGCAGGGAGGACAGGGACUAUUCAGUAUUAUGAGAAAAUAAGCCAUUUUACUGCAUUUAAAAUGUAAGCCAUUCAUAGCAGUUGAAUAAAACUCGUGUAAACAACAAUACAGGUUCACUGCUGUUCUGGAGAGGAGAUUAUAUAUGAUUUCAUUGGCCAGUCUGGUACAUUGGAGGGGACAUGUUUAAAUUUUAAAAUGUAUUAUCCAAAACACCCCUUAAAACUAUUCCUGCCUAAACAUUAAAGGGGUACUCCACCCAUAGACAUCUUCUUAUCCCCUAUCCAAUGAUGUCACGAACGGGGCGGGAAGUCAUGGCCAUGCCCACUCAAUGCAAGUAUAUGGGAGGGGGCAUGACGGCCAUCACGCCCCCUCCCAUAGACUUGCAUAGAGGGGGCGUGGAUGUGACAUCACGAGCGGGGCAUGGCCAUGACAUCACGAGCCUCCGGUGCUGACCCCAACGCUCUAAACUAAAGCCGGGUGCAGCAGGGAGAUCACGAGGGGUCCCCAGCGAUGGGACUCCAGUGAUCAGACAUCUUAUCCCCUAUCCUUUGGAUAGGGGAUAGAUGUCUAGGGGCAGAGUAAAUCUUUUAAGCAAAACCGAUUGUAAACUGGCAUCAGAAAUACACAGAACCAAGAGAUAAUAUUAGUAGUGUGUAAAAUAUUUCAGAUAAACAGUUUCUGGCAUAAAGAGUGAAGCUGUUUCUUAGUUUCAUGCUGCCUAAACCACAGCUCCGUUGUAAGACCCUUCUUUACUCUGAAACGUUACAGUGUUCCAGAAGUCCACUCAGAUGAUAUUUCACCCCAUACAUUUUUAACUCUGAUGUCUACUGAGUAAAUUUUCACAUCAUAGUUAGUUGUAUUGGGGGACCCUGUCCCUGUUUACGCAGUCCGUGUGUUUACUGAAGAGUCUGUCUUUCAAGAAGUUGCCAUUUACUAUAGGCUGGCACUGUGAUCAGAUUACUGUGGCACCAUCUUCUCUAACCCCCAAUGAUCAAAUGUUAUUUCAUUGGCGGCCACAACUGGACAUACAUGACCCUUGCUGAGUCUACUGUAGAAGUGAGGGCUCAAGUCCGGCAGUAACGCAUGCGAACUGAGUUCCUGCACUUUUUCCACUGCUGGAACACCGUUCCCAUUAGUAGGAGUCCUGCAAGACCAGCCCUUGAGUGGAAGAGUUCACACACUUUUUUUUUCCCAGGACUUCACACCUGGGAGAAGAGUAUUAUUAAAUGUGGCUUCUCAAUAAACAGCCAACCAUAUAAUACAUGGGCAGCCUCAGUCCACUUGAAUGAGGGACUUUGAGGGUAACUUUCUACUCUAGCUCAUAGACGGGAGUCCAAAGUUAGGGACUGUCCUCUAUGACAUCCAUACGUCCUAACAGAGCACAUGAACAGGAAUGGUCCUGGUUUUUACCUUUGUAAUAGAAUCUCAGCAACUGAAAAAAAUUGUCAUUAAUUGUACAUACAGAGAACGUUUGCAAAGCGUUUAAAAAGCGACGGAAAGCAUGCAAAAGUAACAUGGCUGCAAUACUUCUUCGUAACAGAAAUUAUAUAUCCAUAUUGGAAUAUGUAACCUCAAAUUAUAUAUUAUGUAAGGUGUGACAGCACCAUCAGCACCAAUAUUUGCUAUCACUCUGGCCAUAUUAAAGGGGUACUUCACACCUAGACAUCUUAUCCCCUAUCCAAAGGACCCCGCAAUCUCCCUGCUGCACCGGGCGUUCGUUUAGAGCAUUGGGUGCAGUGUCGGAGACUUGUGACGUCAGGGUCGCGUCCCGCUUGUGAUGUCGCGGGCACGCCCCCUCAAUGCAAGUCUAUGAGAGGGGGCGUGACAGCUGUCACGCCCCCUCCCAUAGACUUGCAUUGAGGGGGCAUGGCCGUGACGUUAUUAGUGGGGCAUGACCGUGACGUCACGAGCCUCCAACACGCAUCGCCAGUCAUCUAGCACUCAGUGCACGGGUGUCUGAGGUGCCACAGCCGAGAUCGCAGGGGACCCCCGCGAUUAGACAUCUUAUCCCCAAUACUUUGGAUAGGGUAUAAGAUGUCUAGGGGCAGAGUACCCAUAUAAGAAACAAUUGGAAACCCUUUUGUGUCACCCCAUGUUGAUGAUGAUGAUGAUGAUGAUGAUCGUGCCAAAUAUUUUGGUGAUACACAUGUUUAGAUAAAUGACUGCAAGAUACUUUUAUUAGAUGAAAUGUUAA